CAUAAGAGGAUAAUUCUUCGCUGGUUCUAAAAGUCAUCCCUUCAUUUGCAGAACCCAUGAUAUUGACAACCGCGCAUCACUGUGCUCCUUUAGAGUUUACAGACCUCAAGUCACCGACAUCAGCGUUAUCAAGUUCAUCAACGUUAUGCGAUACAAUUGGGGCUUUGAAGAAGACAUCUGAUACUCCCGAUAAAGUCCAAGGGAAGACUUCAAGUGUAGCAUUGGCAGAUGGGUUGCCUGUUACUUCUCAUUCCCAUGACACCUCUCGGGCAAAACCUCCAGAUGGCGCGAGCUUGGUACUCCCAGAUGGUCAAGAAAGGGAAAAACGAAAUUGCCCCAUGAUACUUCAAGUUGGAUCCGUGACAGGUUGUCGAAAAUCAAGGCCAGCAGAUGCGCAUACAUCGUUUGUCACCACUCGGCCAUUGAUGGCUAUGGACACUGUGUAUGAUAUUCGGAACUGGCAAAACCGACGGCGGGCAAAACCGAUUGAAUCUAAGCGGCAUUGGAUGAAUUUAUCGUUUUGGAAGCUGCCAGAAGACACAUCAAAAAAGUGUUUUGUAGAAUGUAGCGGAAAUGAUGAACAGGAAGCAGUCAGCAAAAUCAUAUACACUAUCAAUAACCUCAUGCAGGGAACGUUUAUCUUUAACACUGGCAGCAAGCAUACCGAGAAAAGCAUUGGUAGAGGCGAGAUACAGACAUCUUGCAAGCAUAUUCCUGUUUUCGUCAUGUUUUAUUUGGAAGUGUCUCGAGUACAACCACUGGCGACGAGCAACAAGACGACAGUUGUAUUUGGUUUGUCGCCAAUCAACACAGAUCUACCAACAUUGGCCACUGCAUGUAAGGACCUACAAAAGCUUAUGCAACAAAAUGAAAUGGAUGAAGAAGAGGCGUUAUUAGCCAAUGGAUGGUGUCAAUAUCGUUCAGAAGGUGUGGGAUGUUAACAAACGAUCGAGAUUAGCUGAAACAAAAAUAUGUCGAUGUGAUCAAUCUUAUUCCACCUGUCUGUAAACUCUGUGGGUUAUCAGGCGCUAGCCUGCUCUGCUGUAUAUAAAAUAAAAUAAACUGGAGAUGUUUGUUCAAACUAACGGAUAAGGAAACU